UUUCCAUCGAUUGUUCCAAACAGCAGUGAACGAAAUGUCAGACACACAAAUCUUCAAGAUUGCCUCGAUCCCCGGCGAUGGUAUCGGCACUGAAAUCACAGAAGCAGCUAUUCAAGUCUUGGAUAAACUGGCUUCGGUAGAUGGCAGCUUCAAGUUCGACUACACACAUUUCGAUUGGAGCAGUAAGGCAUAUCUGGAGAGAGGAUGGUAUAUGCCACCUGAUGGAAUGGAGCAAUUGAAAAAGCAUGAUGCUAUUUACUUCGGCGCUGUGGGUUGGCCAGAUGUACCCGACCAUAUCUCCCUGUGGAGUCUCAUCCUCCCCAUUCGCAAAAACAUGAACCAGUACGUCAACGUCCGACCCACGAGAAUCCUCCCAGGCACGAAGUCUCCUCUUUCUGCAUGCGAGGCCAACCCAGGUACUCUCGAUUGGAUCAUCAUCCGCGAAAACAGCGAGGGCGAAUACGCAGGGCAGGGCGGCACGACACACGAGAACAGCCCCCACACCAUCGCCACCGAGCUCGCCAUCUUCAGCCGUGUCGGCAUCGAGCGUAUUAUGCGAUUCGCCUUUGAGACUGCAAGAUCCAGAGAGAGGAAGAAGUUGACAAUGGUGACCAAGAGUAAUGCGCAAAGACAUGGUAUGGUCUUGUGGGAUAAGGUGUUUUAUGAGGUCGCCGAGGACUAUCCAGAUGUGACUUGGGAUAAGAUGCUUGUCGAUGCGAUGACAGUACGCAUGGUCAACAACCCUGCCAGUAUGGACACCAUUGUCGCAACGAAUCUGCAUGCCGACAUCUUGAGUGAUUUGGCAGCCGCAUUGAGCGGCAGUAUCGGUAUUGCUCCGAGCAGUAACCUGGAUCCCACGAGAAAGCAUCCGAGUAUGUUCGAGCCUAUCCAUGGUAGCGCUCCGGACAUUGCUGGUAAGGGUGUUGCUAAUCCCGUUGGCGCCUUCUGGAGUGCGGCCGAGAUGGUCAGGUGGCUCGGUCAAGGAAGAUUGGAUGGUACCGCUGACAAACUGAUGCAAGCGAUUGAGAAUGUAAGUCGAUUGAGUUCUUCAUAUCGUGUUCAGUAGAACAAAUCUUCCCAUCCUUCGCGUUCGAAGUUGGUAUCUUUCUCGACUUUGGUCUUGAUGUUGUAUCCCUCCCAUGGCUUUUCACCAAAUUUGCUGAAGGGGCGUAGUUGAAAUAUCGCCUUGCCCACAAUCAAAGACUUUGAGAUCGGACCGUAGGAAUUACUAUCCUUACUCUGAUUCACGUUAUCGCCUUCAACCCACACAUGCCCAUACGGAACCUUCCACCUCUUCUUACCCACCCCAAACUCCUUCUUCUCCCCAACACCCUCCCAAAUCAUUCCCUCCGCCGUACUCCCCUCCUUGCCCCCU